CGACGACGGGAUUGAGGAGUUGACAUUUUGAUCUCGAUCGUCACGACCAUAUAUAGUGCGUCCGUCGUCGGCUGUUCGUCGGAUUCUUGUUGAUUUAAAUUAUAUAAAACAUUUUUUUUUUUUGUCAUCUAGUUUUUGGUUUUUUUUUUAUUUAUUAACUCGUUUUACUCAAACAAUAAUAUUUUAUAUUCACGUUGUGCACAUUCAUACGGGGAUCGCCAUGCAAAACUUCACAGAACAUUCGUCCAACGUCAUUACAAAACCUACAAACAGUCGGAUCCUUUAUGAUAUACCGUGUAAAGUGUGUAAGGACUUUUCGUCCGGCAAACAUUACGGCAUAUAUGCAUGCGACGGAUGUGCAGGCUUUUUUAAAAGAUCUAUUCGGCGUAAUAGACAAUAUAUUUGCAAAUCAAAAUCAGAAGGCGCAUGUCCGGUUGAUAAAACACAUAGAAAUCAGUGUCGAGCUUGCAGACUCCGGAAAUGUAUGCUUUCGGGCAUGAAUAAAGAUGCUGUUCAACAUGAACGCGGUCCUAGAACAUCAACAGUUCGACGACAGCUUCAAGGACUAUGUUACUCUAAAGAUCGAUCUGCAAGUAAUUCGCCGCCGCUAGAUUUAACGCCCAAGAGGUCUCCGGAAUGUUCGACCACUUGUUCGACUUCACCUAGCAGAUACAUUCCAGAUUCGCAUUCAUAUUUAUCUGCUUUCCGACCACAGAUGUCAAUGAUGCCGAGAUUUUUAAAUACUAUGAGACUCACGCAAGCAGUUUAUGAAACAGCUGCUUCGAUUUUGGUCACAGUUUCCACGAUCAAAAGUUUUCCGGCUCUGAUGACUCUGCCUUUUGUCGACCAGUUUGAAUUGCUCAGAGAGAGUUGGCACGAACUGUUCAUAUUGACGGCCGCUCAAUAUUUUUCUGACACCGAUAUAUCUCUACUGCACGAAGAACACCGGUCCAAUUUUGGAUCGUCGAUGGACAUCGAUGAGCAAAUCGCGGUGUUCAAGGAUACGUUGGCCGCGGUCAAACACCGACAAGUCGAUCCGAUUGAACAAUAUUUAUUGAACGAAAUCGUACUGCUCAAAUCAGAAUCGGUCAAGGGUCGCGGCUGUAGCAGUUCUGAAGACACGGAGACCAUUUUGGGCGGGUUGUCCGUAAAGAGCAAAGAGGCGCUAAGACGGCAUGUGCAUCACGUGCAUUUGGCCCGGCCAGACGCGCGAUACGACGAACUGAUCGAGAUAUUGCCCAGCAUCCGGGCUGUGCCAAAAACUACGGUAGUCGAGCUGUUCUUCCGUCGCACCAUCGGCCAAACUCCCAUCGAACCGUUCGUGUGCGGCACAUAUACUAACUAUUUGCAGACGGCGCCGCACUUGCAGACCAUCAUCAGCAAGGCUAAGAUAUGUCAUUGCUUACAGUGAAGGACGUGACGAAUACAUGAUGUUAUACGAUGACAUGUGGUGAACUACUUACCUAUUUGUUUUACGCGAGUUUGACUCAAACGCUAAUGUAUAUAUGGGUACGUAAUAAUAUAAUUAUUAGGGCUGUAAUAAUUUAUUAUACUAUACUAUACGAUCCAUAUAUAUAGUGAUAUUGUACAUAAUUAUAAUAUAUUUUCUUAAACGCAUCAUUAUUAUACACUAGACGCUCCAGGGUUUGAUAUAAAUUAAACAAAUUACCAAUUAUGUUUAUAUUAUAUUAUUAUAUUGUUGAAAUAAAAUAAUAUGUAUAAUUAUUGUUUUGAGCACAUUUAACAAUUGUCAAGUACUACUAUUAUAUUAAUAUUAUAUUUAUACGCUUUAUUUUAUACAUAGUAUUGUAAACUGUGAUUAAAAAUUAU